CCCGCGCGAUUCUGGUUGACUUCAAACUUCAAUCUAGAAUUAGCCCAGCCGUUGUCGAAAGUUAAGCGCGGGUUUUCAUAACGUUGAGAGGAGCACUGCUUCGUUUUUCGUAAAGAUGGUGAAAGAUAACGGCAAAAUGUGGUCGAAGAUGUAUGUGCUUAAAAGAGAUGGACGAAGGGAGCCAGUAAUGUUUGACAAAAUAACUUCACGCAUUCAGAAGCUCUGUUAUGGACUUAAUAUGGACUUCAUUGAUCCUCCAUCAAUCACACUGAAGGUCAUCAAUGGUUUGUAUGCUGGGGUGACAACCAUCGAGCUGGACAAUCUGGCAGCUGAGAUUGCUGCCACCCUCACCACAAAGCAUCCGGACUAUGCUGUGCUUGCUGCCAGGAUUGCUGUCUCAAACCUCCAUAAGGAGACAAAGAAAACCUUCAGUGAGGUGAUGGACGACCUCCGCCAGAUGACCAAUAAACAGACUGGUCGUCCUCAACCUAUGAUCUCUGAAUAUCAUCACGGUAUUAUCAUGAAGAAUGCUGAGGUGCUGAACUCUGCCAUCAUUUAUGAUCGUGAUUUCUCCUACAACUACUUUGGCUUUAAGACUCUGGAGCGAUCGUACCUCCUUCGCAUAGACGGCAAGGUUGUGGAGCGUCCACAGCAAAUGUUGAUGCGCGUGGCUGUUGGCAUACACGGCGAAGAUAUCAACGCCGCCAUUGAGACUUAUAAUUUGUUGUCAGAAAAAUGGUUCACCCACGCUUCCCCGACACUGUUCAAUGCAGCAACCACCAGACCGCAACUCUCUAGUUGUUUCCUGUUGACCAUGAGGGAUGACAGCAUCGAGGGUAUCUAUGACACAUUGAAGCAGUGCGCUCUGAUCUCUAAGUCUGCUGGCGGCAUUGGCGUUAACGUCCACUGUAUCCGAGCCAAGGGCUCCUACAUUGCUGGAACAAACGGCGUCAGCAAUGGAUUAGUUCCAAUGCUUAGAGUUUUUAACAAUACAGCGCGCUACGUAGACCAGGGCGGCAACAAGCGUCCCGGUGCCUUUGCUAUCUACCUGGAGCCUUGGCACGCCGAUAUUUUUGCUUUCCUCAACCUUCGAAAGAACACUGGCAUGGAUGAAGAACGGGCACGUGAUCUCUUCUAUGCCCUGUGGAUCCCUGACCUGUUCAUGCAGCGUGUCGCUGACAACACGCACUGGAGUCUCAUGUGUCCCAAUGACUGUCCUGGACUGGCUGAUACUUGGGGUGAAGAAUUUGAGAAACUGUACCUAAAGUACGAAAAAGAAGGAAGGUACAAGCAGCAAGUGAGCGCCCAGUCUGUCUGGUACGCAAUCAUCGAGUCUCAGGUCGAGACAGGCACGCCGUACAUGCUCUACAAAGACGCCUGCAACCGCAAGAGUAACCAGCAAAACCUCGGCACCAUCAAGUGCUCAAACCUGUGCACGGAGAUCGUCCAGUACUCUUCUCUUGACGAGAUAGCAGUGUGCAACUUGGCUUCUAUCGCCGUGAACAUGUUCGUUAGACCUGACAGAACUUACGACUUCGAGAAGCUCAAGUACGUCACUAAGGUGGCCACAUUCAACCUUAACAAAAUCAUAGACGUCAACUACUACCCUGUGGAAGAGGCACGCAGGUCCAAUAUGCGCCACCGACCCAUCGGCAUUGGCGUUCAGGGACUUGCCGAUGCCUUCAUCCUCAUGAGGUACCCCUUCGACGGUGAACAGGCUCGACAACUCAACAAGGAAAUUUUUGAAACUAUGUACUAUGGCGCUAUGGAGGCGAGCUGCGAACUCGCUGAGAAGCUUGGACCCUAUGAAACUUAUGAAGGCAGUCCAGUUAGCAAAGGAAUCUUCCAAUACGAUAUGUGGGGCGUGAAACCAUCCCCCCUCCAUGACUGGGCUGACCUGAAGGCUCGUGUCGCUCGUCACGGCGUACGUAACAGCCUCCUGCUGGCGCCCAUGCCCACUGCUUCCACUGCUCAGAUCCUCGGCAACAAUGAGAGCAUUGAGGCCUACACGAGCAAUAUCUACACUCGCAGAGUUCUCAGCGGUGAAUUCCAGGUUGUGAACCAUCACCUGCUGCGCGAUCUGACUGAUCUUGGACUUUGGGACGACGAGACGAAAAAUCAGAUGAUUGCCGACAAUGGUUCCAUCCAAAACAUAGAAAAGAUUCCAGCGGAUUUGAAAGCCCUGUACAAAACCGUAUGGGAGAUUUCCCAGAAAGUCGUCCUUCAGAUGGCAGCCGACCGCGGUGCUUUCAUCGACCAGAGCCAGUCCCUGAACAUCCACAUCGCAGAGGCCAACUACGGCAAACUGACUUCUAUGCACUUCCAUGCUUGGAGACUUGGCUUAAAGACCGGGAUGUAUUACCUGCGAACCAAGCCGGCAGCCAACGCCAUCCAAUUCACGGUGGAUAAGUCCAUGCUCAGCAAAGCCAUCAAUGGCGAGAAGAAAGAGGUCAAUGGGAAAGAGUCUGCCAAGGAAGCCAACGUUGCUGCGAUGGUCUGCUCCCUAGAGAAUAAAGACGAUUGUCUUAUGUGCGGAUCAUAGAUGAAGUUCCCACUCUCUUUCUUGUACUUCGACUUAAUUUGGUAACACAUUCUAUGCUCCCGUAAUGCUGUGAAUUUGGUUAUCACUAGUUUUAGUUUCUAGAGGACCGGAACUAGUUUUAGAAACGAUGCACACAUUAUUUUUAAGGCUGCUCACACGUUGAGGUGUUGAAAUGAAUUUCUCUUGCAGAUCUAUUUUAUUCAAAAAUCGAGAACUUUUUUUUAUACGUUUUCGAUUCAAAAUCUUGAAAUUCACAAGUUUUAGAUCUUGACUAGUGUAAACAGCUGUAUAUUAACAGGUCGCAAUAAUUUCCAUUUAUUUGUUAUUUUAUUACUUUUAAACUGUUUAGGUAUUUUGUUCCUAAUUGACCUCAGUCACAGUAUCAGGAGAUGUAAAUUUCAGGGGAUUCCAAACGAACCAUUAACCUUUUUUAAACUCAAUCGGUGCAAGCAAACGAGUUUGGGCUUUUAUUCGAUUCUUAGCUUUCGACCAGUGCUUUCAGUUUAAUUUUAAUUUCUCUGGACAAGUUUCUUUUUAGUUAUUCUAAGUUAUUUACUGUUAGUCAUAAAACCAUCAAAUUGAGCUUUUACAGUGCCUUAUGAUGGUGUUUACGACCAGGAGCCAACAUAUCACUGCCGUUCGUUUCUAAGAUAUACAUGGUGGCGCCGUUGCGAGAGCUUUUAUAAAAUGAUUUUAGUGAGCCAUCCAUUUACUAGUAUUAAGAAUGCUGAGAUCGAGAAUAAUGGAGUAUUUUACCAAUUCAGGUCGUUUCAGUGAGAUUUUUUUUUUUUGCCAUUAUCAAGAGUUGAAUGGUGUUAAGGGCGAGUUGAGUCAGGAGCAAACGAACAAUUUUAGCGUUUAACAUUGAUUUAAGUGCUGAAAUAUUCAAUAUAUUUCAAUGUUCUAUA